CACAUAAGUAUAUAUCAGUGUACUUUGCUUCUUGCCAUUUCAUAUAAAGGAAACUGGCAUAUAUAUAUGCUCAAUAUAAACAAUAUCUUUCAUUGGACCAAGAAAUUAUUCAGAACCAAUCUUCAGUAUAGUAGCAUUGGAAGAUCCAAGCAACAUUGACAAUGAUUUCAAGGCCCACAUCCAGCUUCCAAAGUGUCCAUCAGGGGCUUCAAAUGUUUCCUCCCACCCAAGAUUUGGUUUCACCCUCUGUUGAAAUGAUCUCAGGCUCAGGCUCUUCACCCUCAACAAGCUCCCUCCUUUUCAACCUCUCUGUUCUCAAAGAAAAGCUGAAUCAGGUGCAAACCCUGGUGGGUAUCAUUCUCUCCCCAAAUCAAACCCUUCCAGAGUCAACUUCAUUAGCCAUCUCCAGCAUGAACACCACAAUUCAAGAAAUCAUAGUCACUGCCACCUCAAUGAUGUUCGCCUGCCAACACUUGGCUCUCACUACUGCUACUUGCACCACCAACAACCAAUUGCACCACCAUCAGCAAUCUAAUCAUGAUCACAACAAGGUACCUCCCUCAAAUUUUGGCAAUUACAGAGAUGUCCUUAGUAACAUAGGAACAGAUAUUAGAUCAGGCCAGAGUUUAUUUUCCAAUACUGAGUCAGAGGCACUGGAUAGCUGGUUUGGUGAAAGCUACAACAACAAUAAUAACAAUAGUAAUGUUAAUGAUGAUGAUAAAAGUGUUGCAAUUAGUGAAAGCAAUAAUUGUAAGGAAGCAAUAAUGUCUCCAGGGGAUGGACAUGAACCUGUUGAUACUGAUGAUAAUGAUAUAAUUGAAUUGGAUGUUGCUGAUUUGUUGGCUAAGUACACGCAUUAUUGCCAUGUUUGCGGGAAAGGGUUUAAGCGCGAUGCAAAUUUGAGGAUGCACAUGAGAGCUCAUGGGGAUGAGUACAAGACCAGUGCUGCAUUGAGUAAACCAAUUAUCAAACACAAGGUGGGCAGUGAGAACUCUUUGAUGAGUGUGAAGCCUAAAAAGUAUUCAUGUCCCCAAUUAGGGUGCAGGUGGAACCAGAAGCAUGCCAAGUUUCAAGCUUUGAAGUCCAUGAUUUGUGCUAAGAAUCAUUACAAGAGGAGCCACUGCCCCAAAAUGUAUGUUUGCAAGAGGUGCAAUCAGAAGCAGUUCUCUGUGCUUUCAGAUUUGAGGACACAUGAGAAGCAUUGUGGGGAUCUCAAGUGGCAGUGUUCUUGUGGCACCACUUUUUCUAGGAAAGAUAAGCUUAUGGGCCAUGUUGCUAUGUUUGUGGGGCACCACCCAGCUGCUAUGAAUAGCUUUUCAUGUUCAGGGAAAAUAGAGAAGCAGGGAUUGCAAAUGCAGAAUGAUGGUAGUUCAAGAUGAAGGAUACACGUUGGGAAACCAUGGUGGCUAAAAUCAUGAUGGACAGCAGCAACCUCAUUUACCUUUCAUGGCUGUCCACCAUGAUUUUGAUUUCACCGUGAAUUUUCACUGAGAUUAUGUGUUUUAUAUGAUUGGUUAUGAAGUGGUGCUCUCCUUCAGACUGUAUACAUUUUCAGACAGUGCAAUAUAUGCUUCACAAGAAAAAGUACCUAAUUGAUUCUACAUUGCUCCUUUCUAGGUGCAGCUUCUGUCUUCCAACAUACUCUUCUUGAUAGUAAAUAACUUGAUGAUUUGCUCCAAUAGUUUGUGGCGCUGGCCAUUGGCAUGGCAUGACAGUACUGUGCAAGAGGAAUUGUAUUCAGGAAAAUGUUUGGUUGACAAAUUAUAUGAGAGAAAAAUGGUGAAUGUGAUGUAGGAUAUGAUGUGGUAGAAAUAAAGACAUAAAUAGCUAGGGAAAUUAGGUGUGGUGGCUAUUGGCAUGCAUGGUAUGUUUAAAAUUCGAGAUCGUUGUAUUUAUGCUAAAAUUUUGUACAAAAGUUGGAUUGGUGUUCUCUUUUGUGUAUCAUAUACAAAUCACCCGUUGUAUAUUUAAA